ACGUUGCUGUAAGUAUCAUUUAUGUGAGAGAAGAAGUAGUUCCGGAAGCGGCGGCGGUAGCGGCUAAUAUUAGCAUCAGCUGAUCGGCGGGAGUAAAUGUUUGUUGUCAGAUCGUGAGAUUAAACCUGCAGCUGCUUCCUGUGUCGUCUCACCUGUCCACUGAGGGGAGCUCGUUUCUGUCCUUAGCAUCCUGGUCUCCUCAGCGUCUCCUCAGUGUCCUGGUGUCCUUAGUGUCCUCAGAAUCCUGGUAUCCAUAGCGUCCGUGUGCCUCUAAUGACAUGAGCAGUUCUGCUCACAGGAAGAGGAGGAGCACAGAAAGCCCUGUUGGUUCCCGACCCAGCACCAAAAACAGCAGAGCAGCUAACGCUAACAGAGUGGCUAGCAGGAUGGCUAAUGUUAGCAGGACACCUGAUGGUGACACUUCUCCCUCCACAGAGACCAUUGAUGUGAUGGACAACACUGAGGACAGUGUGGAGGAGGUGGUGGAUCUGACCUGUGAAGGAUCAGAAGCUGCUGUGGUUGACCUCACAAACAAUGACUCAGUGCUGCUGGUGGACGAAGGUCCUCACAACAGGAGAGUCCCUGCAGGGGAGAGUUAUAUCGUCAGCAGUGAUGAAGACGAAGACACGGCCCCUGUCCUCAACGCUGCCACUAUGUCCUCUGUGCACACCUCCAGGUCGACUCCGGGGACGAUCAGUUGUCCUGUAUGUCUGGACUCGUACUCUGAGAUUGUAGACAGCGGCCGAUUGGUUGUUUCCACUAAAUGUGGUCACGUGUUCUGCAGUCAGUGUUUGAGAGACGCUCUGACAUCAUCACACACGUGUCCGACCUGCAGGAAGAGACUCACCCACCGCCAGUACCAUCCCCUCUACAUUUGACAUCACCAGUGACAUCACCUCAGAUGACUUUUGCUGCUGAAACUUUUUUAUUUCAAGUUUUUGUAUCAGAAACAUGAAGCCUUCAGUCAAAUGUUAUUGAUAAUUGAUUUUUUCAGUUUUCAUCUGAUCAUUUAAGUUUAUUUGUUAAAGUAAAAAUAAACUCGAUUGAUUCUGUGGAAA